AGAAAGGUUGCAGUUUGGAUGGCCCUGUCACCACCAGGAUUAUAGCAAAUGUAUGUGUGUGACUUCAUUCAUGAAUGCUCAUUAAAACUCAAGAAAGACAGAUGACGAAGAGGCUCACAAGCUCGGAAGUAGCCAUAUCAGCUUACAAGAAAACGCCUUGCAGAGGCAGAUGACACUGAGAUGCCUGUCCCAGAGAGUAUCACAGAGGACCCCAUCCAGAUCCAGUGCUAACAGACAAUGACUACACCUGCCAUCCCUCUCCUGGUAAAAUGGACAGUGCUGCUAGGACGAUUCAGCAGUUGAAGGUGCAAGUGGUUACACUGGAACACGAAAUCCAGCAGCUGACACUGAAGAAUCAGCAGCCACUGAUUUCUAGGUUCUGUGUCACCGAUGAGGACCACCGUUACUACACGAGAUUCAGCUCCAAGAAGGUCAUCACUGUGUUUUGGGAGUCUGUUUACCCCACUGCAUCAAGGCUUGUCUGUUGGUCUAAAGCACAGCAAGCAGCGGAAGUGAUGCCUAGCCCACAGCGAAAGCUUGAACUGAUAGAUGAACUGUUCAUGUUCCUCUUUCGCGUAGCAGCUGGGCUUCAGGAGAAGACUUUGUCAUCUCUCUUUGAGGCCAGUGUGUCGACUAUUAGUCGCAUCAUUCUAAUAUGGACAAACUACCUCUACCAGGUUCUGGGAUCACUACCAUCAUGGAUGACAAGAGAGCAAGUGCAGGCCACAAUGCCUGACAAGUGCAGGCUCUACUGUCCUCAGCUCAGAGUCAUCAUAGACUGUACUGAGAUCCGCUGUGAAACAGCAUCUUCCCUCUCAUUACAGUUGGAGACAUUCUCAAGCUACAAAAAUCACACCACUGUCAAAGGUCUGAUUGGAGUUGCGCCAUGUGGUGUUAUCACAUUUGUUUCUACGCUGUACACUGGCUCUGUUUCAGACAUUGAAAUAACAAAGAGAUCACACCUUCUACAGCUACUGCAGCCAGGGGAUGAGGUAAUGGUGUACAAGGCCUUCCUGAUUGAGAAGAUGCUGUCAGAGGUAGGGGUAAAACUCAUCAUCCCUCCAUCAAAAAAGUCCACCCAGCUCAGCAAGGAAGACACUCAGAAGACCCUGGCUAUUGCUUGUCUGAGGAUCCUAGCGGAAAGGGCCAUACGCAGGGUGAAGGAAUACCACAUUUGGGAUGGGCUUGUUCCACUCUCUAUAGUAUGAUCUGUCAAUCAGCUCUGGGCCAUCUGUUUCCUGAUGUCUAACUACCAGGGACCUCUUGAUAUCAAAGGGGACAAACCAGUCUGAGGCUUCCUAUCUUGGAUCCUAUCUUAUUGCAAGUGGCUGUAUGGCUGUGGCCCUGUGUACUGUAAAUGUUUGCAUGUAAAUGUUAAGUGAGGGGAGGAUGACUGAA